CCUGUUCCCCACUGAUCAACGAUGUCUUUAUGCCUUCCGACUAGAGGUCGAUAAAAACCUUGGUCUACUUUAUGAAGUCCUACAUUGCAUUUCAUGCCAGUCAUUCCAUGAGGUUUGGCGUGGAAGGAACCAGUUCCAUGGAUCUUGAUAUCGUUUCCUUGCGUCUCAUACUGUACGUAUGUAUUUAAGACAAGUUCCCUCUGCAGAGCUGGAGGCCUGCUUUCUUGGAUGUGAUCAUCAGUGAAGGGUAUGUUCCAUGACCAAUCCAGAAAUCAAUGGCAAGACCAUCCAGGUACAAGAAGUGGAAUGUCACGUGGAACCAAGGGUGAAGCCGGUGUCAGAAGAUCUGAAUGGACAUUUUGUCAUUCGAGCGCCGUUUCCUCCGCCAAGUAUCCAGGCGUCCCACGUUCCACGACGGAUUGAGAACGACUUAUUGAUUUCGACUCCACGAGCCUCUUUCCAAUCCAAUUAUAGUAGCGAUUUCAUCCUCACGAAGUUGGAUGAAGAAGUCGAUGAAAUUUUGAGUAAGAGUCACUCGUCAUUCACCUACGAAUCGCGUCCCUUGCCCGUGGAGUCCAAAUAUUGGUGGUUGGAUUUUGAUUACAUCUCGUGUUUGAGAGAUAUCAUCCAACAUAUCUUCAAGAACGUCUGUAUGAAGAAGAGUAACAAGAUGGGACACAUUCCGUCUGCCAUUUUGACAAACCACUUAGAAUCGGCGGAGAAAUCCCAGAUCCUCGUGCUCACCAAUCUGUCCAUGACCUCUAUUCCCAAUCAAGUGUUCCAUCUGGCUCCGCGGUUGAGGUUAUUGGACUUAUCAGCCAAUCGCCUCAGCUCGCUCCCAAAGUCAAUUGCGACCUUUGUGACCUUGAGGAGUUUGUUCUUGAACCAAAACCGACUGACAUCGCUCCCAGAUGAGAUUGGAUCCCUUCAGGAGCUUCAGAUUCUCUCGCUGUCAUACAACUUACUCGAGGGCUUACCUGAAAGUGUGCGAAACUUGCGCUUUUUGCGAGAACUCAAGUUAGCAGCCAAUAAAUUCAAGGAAUUCCCCCGGCAAAUUUUUGAUUUGAAGAACCUGGAGAUCCUGGACUUGUCGGGCAACCAAUUGGAGGAAAUCCCGGAGGGUACUCACAACUUAGACAGAUUGAAUGACCUCAAUUGCAACGAGAACGCCAUCCAAUUCCUGAGCGAUGAUUUGACCAAGGGCCCGAAUCUUCAGAUAGUCAGACUUCAGAACAAUCGGAUCAACCUCAAUUCACUUCCGGAUACGAUUCUUGUUGAUUCAAAGGUUUCGCAGAUAUUCUUGGAUGGUAAUGGCUUUGAAAUACAGGCCCUAAGCGAUUUCGAAGGCUAUGAGCAAUAUCAGGUCCGGAAUGAGAACCUGCGCCGUAACUCUCGGAUCAAUCCGUUCUUCAAUCUAACGGUUCGCUCGCCCAAGGAAGAUGAGUCCUCCCAAGCCAACGCCUUGCCACUCGCUGUGCAUCAGAACUCGAUUGGCUAAUUUCCAGGCACGAUUACAAACCCCGCCACAACGAGCACUACGUCCGUAUUGGCCGUGGCCUUGGCAUUUUCGAGUGGUGGUAGAAGAAAAAAAAGAACCGACCGAACGUCGGCAUAGUGACACGAGCAAUUGAGAGCAAUUACUAAUCAUCUUGAGUGGAAACGCUAAUGUGCUUGAUACAUAUAAUUACAAUACACAUCAGGACAUCAGGUUCAGAACACAGU